GCUACAAAGACGCAACCGUACCGCCGUUGUGCUUCCCUUCCCCUCACUCUGUUCUUCACAAGAUUUGUUGAACAUCAACUUCCAGUCGUGCUUUGCUCUCUCACCGGUAAGUCAUUUCCCUCGGGUUACGCACUGUUAGCAUCAUAAGCCCGAAAGCGGGACAGAACGACCUAGCCACUGUUCCUGCCAGAUUGCAGGUUUACCCCUCCAAGAGGCAGUGAGCAAGCGCCGGCAGCUUCAACACUUCUUUACCCGCACACACUGGGCGCUGAUUCUGUCUUCGUCGCAUCCCUCGAGCCUCGCUGACAGUCAAAGCUACCACUAUUACGUAGCCGCACACGACAGCUUUCGAACUUCACAAAUCCCCCUCACCAUGGCCCCUCCACCGCCAUCCAACCUCCCUCUGGGCCAGCGUCUUGCGACCCUCGCGCAGACUCUGCAGUUUGCCUGGUUCGCUGGACACGUUACUCUGCUUCUUUCUACGCUCCGAUAUGGCUUGUCAUACAUUACUUUCAACUACAACUCCAAAUGGGCAACCUUCUCCUACCGCACCGCCUUCCUCUCAGCGUGCGUCACAUACGGUAUCGUGGUCUACAAGGCGUACCGCGCCCGCAUGAGGGCCGGAAAGCAGGGCGGCCCUGUUGCUCUGGCUACAGAUGAGAAUGUGCAGUACCUGAUCAUGGCGCUUGUCUGGCUCUUCUCGCGCCAAAUCCCUCUCGCGGUCACUCCCUUUGCUGUCUACUCGGUGUUCCACGUCGCGACUUAUGUGCGCUCCAACCUGCUCCCCACCAUCCAGCCUGCCCCUCCCUCAGCAAACGGCGCCAAGCCGCAAGCCUCCGGUGCCUCCGAGACCAUUGGCAAGUUUGUCAAGGAGUACUAUGACAGCAGCAUGACACUUGUCGCCAUGCUCGAAAUCGGUCUCUGGUUCCGCAUUCUCGGCUCUGCGUUCCUCUUCCAGAAGGGUUCGUGGAUUCUGCUUAUGAUUUACACCGUUUUCUUCCGUGCCCGCGUUGCUCAGAGCAGCUUCGUUCAGGAGGCUAUCAACCAGGUUACCUCGCGCGUCGAUGCUCAGCUCGCUAACCAGAGCACCCCGCCUGCUGCCCGCCAGGGUUGGGCGACGGCCAAGAACGUCAUCCGCCAGGCUGCUGAUGCGACUGAUAUCCGCAAGUAUGUUGGCCCUCAGCAAGGUGCUGUGCCCAAGAAGGCACAGUAAGCGUGUGUAUAUUGAGAUAAAGACCUAUCUACCUCCAACAGACGGCGGCAAUGUACACGUUGGAGGUGAUCGGAUACGAUGCUUAUGAAGAUACGGACGUCUCAUGGUAAAAGUACAGUCCUCAAGGAUGUACGGGCGAGCGAACAAUAUCAGCGUGUCGCGGAAUGGUUUAUCGGACACCCUGAAUACAAGGAGAUACGAUCCCGAGUGGGAUGAGAAUGGAAAAGUGAGAGUUUGUAGCUGUAUACCUUUGAGUAUUUUUAUAGGCUUUUGGGGAGCGUUUUCGAUUAUUGUCAAUUCACACUUUAGUUUCAUCAUGCUUG